CCGGCGGUGGCCCUAGAUCUAGGGGGCGCAGCUGGCGGGAGUCGUCCUUCUUGGCAGGAGUCGUUCUUCCUUUUCGCACGUGUCUGCCGCCGCCUUCGCUGCCAAGAUGCUGCAACUGCUACGCAGCGUGCCCCGCGCCGUGGGCUCCGCCGCCGCCGGCCUCCGCGCCGCCGCGCCCUCCCAGCCGCUCCGGCAGCUACUGCAGCCCGCAUUCCGGCCGUGCGCCCGGCCCUUUGGGCUGCUCAGCGUGCGCACGGGGUCAGUGCAGCUGCCCGGCCUCCUGCAGCCUCGGGGGCCCUGUGCCUGCGGCUGUGGCUGCGGCAGACUGCACACCGAAGGGGACAAAGCUUUUGUUGACUUCCUCAGUGAUGAGAUUAAGGAGGAAAAGAAGAUUCAGAAGUAUAAGUCUCUCCCCAAGAUGUCUGGAGGUUGGGAUCUGGAGGUGAAUGGGACAGAAGCCAAAUUAGUGCGGAAAAUUGCUGGAGAAAAGAUCACUGUCACUUUCAACAUUAACAACAGCAUCCCACCCCCAUAUGAUGGAGAGGAAGAGCCCUCCCAAGGGCAGAAGGUUGAAGAACAGGAGCCUGAAUUGACGUCCACUCCCAAUUUCGUGGUUGAAGUGAUAAAGGAUGGCAGCAAGAAGGCCCUGGUGCUGGACUGUCACUACCCAGAGGACGAGGUUGGGCAAGAAGAGGAGGACCAGAGUGACAUUUUCUCCAUCAAGGAAGUGAGCUUUCAGCCCACUGAAGAGUCUGACUGGAAGGACACAAAUUACACACUCAACACAGAUUCCCUGGAUUGGGCUUUAUAUGACCACCUAAUGGAUUUCCUUGCGGACCGAGGCGUGGACAACACUUUUGCUGAUGAGUUGGUGGAGCUCAGCACAGCCCUGGAGCACCGGGAGUACAUCACUUUCCUCGAGGACCUCAAAGGUUUUGUCAAAAGCCAGUAGAGGUGCCGAACACCGUAAUUUGAUGGCAGGCUUCGGCCAGCGAACAGCAAAACCUACUCCGGAGCCAGACCCAUGUGCUUUGAAAUGGUUUUCAUCCCAGUAUCAUGGAAAAUAAUUCAAUUUUAACUUAUUUCUCCUGCCUCUUAUUGACCUCUCAUUUAUUUCUUCUACAGACCUGUUUCUAGAUUUUUGUAUAACGUAAUGAUGGACAGUAAAAUUGGUUUAUCUCCUCUAA